AUGCGACCAUACGACGACGAAAUUCUGACGAAGAUCACCAGUGAUCUUUCUUGUUGUUCUUCUUUGGUAGUCAAUAUGCAGAAGGUGAAGACAAAUCGAGGACCACUCCUCGACGUUUAUGAUCAGUCGAUUGAUUGUGAACCAACACUGAAAUGUUCACAGUCGCAUGCCAUAUUUCACUUCAAGUCCGAUUAUCCAUUUCAAGGACAUAUCGAAGUGGUCACUAAAGAAAGUGAUCAACGAUGCCGUGAAGACUAUACGGCGAAUUUGGCUAGAAGCGUAUCAUUCCGUCUCCCACUAGAUGGUUGUUUCACAUUGAAACAAUCAGCAAAUAAUCGAGCGAUUCCUUCAUCUAAUUCGCUUUCUGAUCAUUUCUUCCUCUCAGUUCGGCGAUUUUCGUUCUUUGACGCUAUACGUAAAUUACUGGAAUCGAUAUUCCUCGAAUUGCAGGUUGUAUUAACGAAUUCGACAAGAGUUUUUGCGAUUGAAUGCGAAAAAUUGCGUGAUAUUCGCUUGGUAGCACCGAAGUGUGUUGUUGAUUCGGAUAUUAUGGAAAAUGUUGAAUAUAGCAUAAACAACGGUAGUGACACUGCUCUGACAGCCACAACGAGGUCGCAAAUGUUCAAAUUCUUGCACGGCAGAAGAUAUAGAAUAUCAUGUCGCAUUGAAGCUUGUGAACAAUCUCAACACAACUGUAUCAUAAAAACGCCUCCAAAAUGUGCGAUCACCAAAGAGCAAAUAAAAGAGAUGAAUUUAUCGAAGAAAAAAGCGUUGAAUAAGUUCACAGCGCCAUACGAUAGUUAUGUGUUGCAUGAUGACAAGUCAAGUAUUUCAUCUGAAAAUCAUAUUACAAUUGUGAGUCAUUGGCUCACAGCUUCAUCCAAGCGACUUGAAAAUGAAAUGCGUAAUUUCUCGAAAGAUCAAAUGCUUCGAGCGAUUAUCGCUGGAAAUGACGAUGACGACGAUUAUGACGAAAGUAAUACGGAAUACAAGAUGAAUAAUGGAGAGCAGGAGCGAGCCAAUGAGUCUCGAUAUGAGCAAUUGUUUUUUGCAUCCAAUACGCGUUUUAAUCCUCGACUAGCAUUUCAAACACCAACAUCAUCACCACUGUAUCACACGGAUACGAGUAAAAAGCUCGACGAUAAGGCACUUGAUUCGCAAAAAGCACGAAAAGUAAAAGAUUCAACAGAUGCGCAUUCAAUGUUCAGAAAUUUCUCAGCUCUGAGUAAAUCUUCAAGUGAUGAUGCGAUAAUUGAUGGCGGACGACUGCGACCAGAAAGUACUUUUUUGUCGAUCAAUUCAACGAGCGCCAUUCAUUUUAAUGCUAACGAAACGAUGACGAUUGAGAAGCCAACAAAUGAAAAGGACCACGAGACAUCGAAUGUUCGCAUCUUUAGAAGUGAUCAUGAUGAACAAGAUAAUGAAAAUGCAAAGUUAACAACUUCACCAGUUUUUGUGAUGAAUGCAAUGAGAACAACGGUAAUCAAGCGCAUAGAAGAAGAAGACGUUUAUCGUUUGAACGUAACUGAAAGCGUAAAUGAUCAUGACAACGGUACGUCGACUAGCACUGAAUAUCGUAUGACCGAGGUGGAAAGAAGCUUAAAUGACGAGAACGAAAUUCAAAACAAUGACGAGCCUAGUGGUAAUAGCCAUCGUUUCAAUACCAUUAGUGCUGUUACAGCAGCAAAUUAUGCUGCGAUUGCCGAGGAAAAUAACUUCAAGGAACCGAUUCAUCAUGAUGGAAGAGAAGAAAUCGAUGAACAAUCACACGAUAUUCCUAGAAAUGUUGUGAAAGAAUCCGAGUUAGGCAUGCAGGAUGGCUCGUCAGUACGAGUAGCAGAAACAACAACAAAGAUUGUGGCGUUAGAAAAUAACUUACAGUCGUCAACUGGCUGGGUAGAUGCUGAGCCAUCGUUGCCAAAGCGAAUAAUCGUGAUGAGAAAUGAAGCUGUAUUGGAUGGUGACGACGAUUCGGAAGUGGUGCAAGAAGUGCGUUCUUGGAAUGAAAAGCACGCAAUACCAACAGAAGAAUCACCAAAAAGUAUGAACAAAAGUAGCAGCGAAUUUGGAAAUGAAGACAAUCAAAGUCCCUUGUUACUAUCAACGAUAUCGGCAGAUGACGAUUCAGCCACUGACAUUUUUGAUGCUGCUUCUGAAUAUGAUGAUCAACAAACAUUAAGCAACGACAACAACAAAAUUGUAAAUGGUCAGUCUGCAGAGAGCGUUCAAUCGGAAGCAAAGAAUGAUGUAAUUAAACUUGAGAAUGAUAAGUUAUCGUCGUCAACGACAACAGCGACAAUAAUACCAGCAACAACAGCAAUGGAUGAUGAGUCAAAAAAUCUGUUUCAUGAAGACACGGGCAAUUUUGAUGAUUCUAAAAACGAAAACAAUAUUGGCGUCGCAGCAAUGGUUGAUGCUGUACAGAUGAAAGAUUCUGCAGCGAAAGGUGAAGGCGUAUGGUCGUUACGGUUAGGUGAUGUUGGACAACAGAAUUUUUCGACGACAUUCGAAAUGAAGAGCGUUGCUGAUAGUCAUCAAUUUAUUCAGGCAAAUGAAGCGGCAGAUUUCAGCGGGAUACAACGCUCGGUAUCCAUUUCCGAAGAGCAUCUGAAGAUUGACAAGGAUAAUGAUGCCAAAUUGGGAACGCAAGCAAGUUCAGAGUUUGAAAGUGCUGAAAUUUUAGAGAAACGUGCCAAUCAAAACGUGAUCAUCACAAGUCACAAAUCUGCGCGUGAACUCGAUGGUUUCCAUACUCAGGUUUGGUUGUUUUUUAUCUAA